CAAAACAAAGUAGCUGUGAUCACAUGUUCCAUUACAAAAGUCAAGUGGAUGCUGGAGAGAAAUUGAGCAACUAAUUGCAUGGAUGCUUUCUUGUCAGCCUCGGCAAUGACGAUUGCACACAAUUAUAGCAGCCUUUCGUGAGCACUGUGUUCCACGUGAAGGUGUACAAUUAAAUAGCUGACAAUGUCACAGCAGAGUGCCCACGGCAGAUGGACCCUCUCCGAUAGUGAUGAUGAUGACACCCCACCUCCACCACGACCAGCACCAGCAGUGCACUCAUACAACAUCAACAUAGAGAGAGCAUCUGAGGUGCCUGACCCAGACACAAAGAAGACCCACUCAUUCUUUCAGCAGUCGGCCAGACCCACCACUGACGGCAGGUCCACAACCCCACCACCACCACCUCCAGUGGUGAAGAGGGAGGAGGAGAAGAAGAAGCCUGCUGCAGGGCUGGCCAUGGGCUCAGAGGCCCGACACGCCGCCAACGCCAACCAGCAGCAGCCGGUCAAGUACGAGACCAAAGCCAACAACCCUGCACGAUCACCCGCCGUCAAGAGGAAGAGGGAGUCGGAGGAGCAGGCGGGCUGGGCGCUGUCCGACAGCGAUGACGACAACGAUGACCCCAUCCCAUCUUCACAGCGACAGGUGCAGCCCAAACAAGAAGACUGUAGUCCCGUUAGACGACAGCCACCCAGUCCCAAGAGGAAGCAGCCGAGUCCUAAACGUGUCAAGAAGGAAGUGGCGGACGCCAGGCCCCCCAGUCCCCAUGGCAGGACCUACUACAUCGACGAGCCGCCCGACUUCUUUGACGCCAGCAUCAACGAGGAGACGGAGACCUACCGCUUCUUCCUCAACAAGGUGGUGGGCCUGGAGAAGAAGUACAACACUGGAGCCAUGCACAUCCGAGACAUUCUCUCCCCCAUGUUUGGGACUCUGAAAGAAUCUGUGCAGUUUAACUACUGCUUUGACAUUCCCUGGAUGGUUAAACAGUACCCUGAGGAAUUCAGGGAUAAACCUCUAAUGAUCGUCCACGGUGAGAAGCGCGAGUCCAAGGCCCGGCUCAUCCAACAGGCACAGCCGUUUCCCCAAGUUCGAUUUUGCCAGGCUAAACUGGAUAUUGCCUUUGGCACGCAUCACACGAAGAUGAUGCUGCUGUGGUAUGAGGAAGGCUUCCGGGUCGUCAUCCUCACCUCCAACAUGAUCCGAGCUGACUGGUACCAGAAGACGCAGGGCAUGUGGAUGAGCCCUCUGUAUCCCCCACUGCCUGAUGGGAGCCCGGAGUCCGAGGGGGAGUCCCCCACCCACUUCAAGAGGGACCUCAUACACUACCUGCAGUCCUACCGCGCCCCCGAGCUGGCAGACUGGAUACAGCGCAUCAGAGAACACGACCUCUCAGACAGCAGUGUCUACCUGAUUGGCUCCACACCUGGCCGCUAUGUGGGGGCUGAUAUGGAGAAGUGGGGCCAUCUCCGACUCAGGAAGCUGUUGAGUGAGCACACAAGGCCAGUACCUAACAGUGAGGAGUGGCCCGUGAUUGGCCAGUUCUCCAGCAUCGGCUCCAUGGGAUUGGACAAGACAAAGUGGCUGGCCGCAGAGUUCCAGCGCACGCUGACCACACUGGGCAAGAGCCACGACAGAGACCCACCCAUGCAGCUGGUCUACCCCUCAGUGGACAAUGUCAGGACCAGUCUGGAGGGAUAUCCAGCCGGGGGAUCCUUACCGUACAGCAUCCAAACAGCCCAGCGGCAGGUCUGGCUUCACUCCUAUUUCCAUCACUGGCGUGCAGAGACAACAGGGAGGAGUCAGGCCAUGCCCCACAUCAAGACCUACAUGAGGGCGUCUCCAGACUACUCUGAGCUCGCAUGGUUCCUCGUCACCAGUGCUAACCUGUCCAAGGCGGCGUGGGGGGGUCUGGAGAAGAACAACACCCAGGUGAUGGUGCGCUCCUACGAGCUGGGGGUCCUGUUCCUGCCCUCUGCCUUUAACAUGAGGACGUUCCGUGUGCAGAAGAACGUGUUCCCUGCGGAUGGCGGUUCCAAGGGGUUCCCCGUGCCUUUCGACCUGCCUCCUCAGCGCUACUCUGGCAAAGACCAGCCUUGGAUCUGGAAUAUUCCGUACGCCAAGGCUCCAGAUACCCAUGGCAACAUAUGGAUUCCGUCCUGAAGUGCUCCGUCAGUGCCAAACCCCAUACUCUCCAGAGGACAGAGAGCAAAGGAGCGGAGGAGCCAAUGGAGAGAUGGCUAGCAGGGCAUCUGAGGAGAGAGAGAGAGAGAGAGAGAGAGAGAGAGAGAGAGAGAGAGAGAGAGAGAGAGAGAGAGAGAGAGAGAGAGAGAGAGAGAGAGAGAGAGAGGGAGAGAUGUUCUGUUGUCUGUUGAGGGAU